GGCUGUGUCAGCGAAGCUGUCCUGCUGUGUGCUCUCUGUCUGCCCAGCGAAAGGCACACACACAAAGAUACAAUGCCUCGUACGCAUCAAGUCCAUCCACAUCAUGGUCGCCGCCAUAUUGGACUCUGAAGUCGAAAAGCCUAAAAAAGCGAUUUGAGGACGCCGUUGUUUAUUUCCUGUGCACAAAGUUCAUCCAUCCGGCAGAGUGCUACUGUUGAUUCCUAACUGAAAAACGAAUCGCCGGCAAUCGUUGGUUAGUGUAGAUACGUUCGCGUACAACCGUGCGACGUAGAAAACUAUUGGCGGAAUAUUGCUAGUGAGUGAUAUUCGUUCAGCUUUUCUGUCUUCGUUCCGAUUUUUUGCUCGCAUCUUCAUUGGUGGAAUAUGGCAACGCACUGGAAUUUGGCAUCACUGUCCUGCAGCCGUCAUCAUGUAGAGAAGAAAAUUGACAGUAGCGCCUUUGCUACGCGAGCGUCUCUUUCUAGCAAAAGGUCGUAGUUUGUGAGUAGUCAAAACAAUUUGCGAUAAAAAAAGAGAGAGACCCGAGUGCCGGGAGAAACAAAAGCAUAGCAUUUUAAAAGUCGAGCGAAUAGAAGUUUACAGUCAACAUAAAAGUUUGUGUUUAAUGUACGGAGCAAGCGUUCAGCUAGAAAAAGGACGAAAUUCUGCUGAAAAGCGCGCGCACCGUCGUUGGCGCUUAUAUUUUAUGGUGCGAAAGUUGUAAACUCAAUGUGUUAUUGCUAAAAAAGUGAUUGAGCCUGUUGAGUGAAGUGCGGAAAACGUUUUGUGUCCCUAGCGACGGGUGGAAAAAUAGCAAGUGCGACGUAGGACAUCUUCAGCAUGACGGCCAAUUCGGAAACGACUGGUUCCGAACUCGUGCCGGCUUUACCGGCCAAACACAAUGCGAUAUUACGCUGGAAGCGGGUUACGAAUCCCAGCGGUCCACAGCCUAGACCCCGUCAUGGUCACCGUUCGGUCAACAUCAAAGAGUUGAUGGUAGUUUUUGGCGGAGGCAACGAAGGAAUCGUAGACGAACUGCAUGUCUACAACACUGCUACGAAUCAAUGGUAUGUACCGGCGACGAAGGGAGACGUCCCACCGGGAUGUGCCGCUUACGGAUUUGUUGUGGACGGGACGCGCAUAUUAGUCUUCGGCGGUAUGGUAGAGUAUGGCAAGUACUCGAACGAACUGUACGAGCUGCAGGCCACCAAGUGGGAGUGGAAGAAGCUACGACCGAAGCCACCAGAAUCGGGUCCCCCACCCUGUCGUCGGUUGGGCCACAGCUUCACGCUCGUCGGUGACAAAAUCUAUCUGUUCGGCGGGCUGGCGAACGAAAGUGAUGAUCCGAAAAACAACAUACCUAAAUAUCUGAACGAUCUGUACAUUUUGGAGAUAAAAAACAAUCAACUGCAGUGGGAAAUACCGACAACAUUCGGUGAAAGUCCACCGCCCCGUGAAUCGCACACCGCCGUAUCGUGGUACGAUAAGAAGCAGAAAAAGUUUUGGCUCGUAAUCUACGGUGGUAUGUCCGGCUGCCGUCUUGGCGACCUGUGGCUGCUGGAUACGGACACCAUGUCCUGGACGCGGCCUCGCACGAGCGGUCCGCUGCCUUUGCCACGUUCGCUGCACAGCUCCACGCUGAUUGGCAACAGGAUGUACGUGUUUGGUGGCUGGGUCCCACUAGUGUUGGACGAUGUGAAGGUAGAGAAGCACGAAAAGGAAUGGAAGUGUACGAAUACACUUGCGUGUUUGAAUCUCGAAACUAUGACCUGGGAAGAGCUGGAUCUGGACACGGACGAGGAGAACAUGCCGCGUGCCCGGGCAGGCCACUGUGCCGUCGGUAUACACACCCGUCUCUAUAUUUGGUCGGGGCGCGACGGUUACAGGAAGGCCUGGAACAACCAGGUCAGGGUGUGUUGUAAAGACCUGUGGUACCUGGAGGUGGAGCGUCCUGGAGCAGCAUCCCGCGUGCAGCUCGUGCGCGCUUCAACACAUUCGCUUGAAGUGUGCUGGCAGGCGGUACCGUCCGCUUCCUACUACAUACUGGAGGUGCAAAAGAUACCACAAGCGCCCCCACCAUCACCAGCACCGAUCGGACUGAAUACGGCACCCGCUGUUGUAGCGUCGCCCGCUGGCGCAACGAUCGGUUCACCGGCAUCCAGCACGGGUUCGAUGUCACCCGCACACAUGAUCACUGGCAGCAUCGGUUCCACAACCGGCGAGCCAAUGCUUCAGCAGCCGAUUAUUAAACAAUUACCCGGCAGGGUAUCGGGUACACCUAUCGCCGUAUCGGCGGCCAGCAUUCAGUCACCAACGUUGCAAAAUCCAGUCGUUGCCCAAACGGCUUUAACAGCAAGCCCGAUCCACAGUGCGGGUGGUUUACAGUCGCCGACGAACAGCAACAUCGGUAUCGUCACAUCGCCUGCCCUCACGGUACCAUCCCCGGUACAGCGAAUUGUGACCAAGGUGCAGCCUGCUAAACCGAUGCAAACGACGCAAAAAGUGCUUACCGCUGGGUCGCAAAUAUUACAGCAGCAACCGACACAAAUUGUCGCCUCACCACAGCAAGGCCAAUCGGCAGCACAGACCAUCCAGACGGCCAUUCUGCAAACGACGCAAGCGCAGCUACAGCAUCAACCACAGACGAUCCGUGUUGUCGCUACGGGUGGUACAGCCAUUUCGAACGCGCAGCAACUAACCACCGGUACCGGCACGCCUAUUCGCGUACUAUCCUCCACAGGGCAACAGUUACGCAUUGGCACCGCUAGUACUGGUACAAUGCAGCAAGCUGGUCAAACGGCCGUACUACGUACCGCCGGUACGGGUAUCGUUUCCGGUGCCCAAUUGCAAACGGUACAGCAACGUCUGGUCAGUGCCGGUGCGGGUGGCACCUCGACCACGGCUACGAUCGGUGGCAAACAAAUCAUUAUACAGAAACCCGUCACUAUAGUGAGCGGUACGGGCGGUGCUGGUACUACUGGAGCAACAUCGAUUAACAGUGCUACCACCAACCAGGGACAAAUUUUGACACUGGUCAAAACCAGCCAAGGCAUGACGAUGCAAACCGUACCGAAAAUGAGCGUGGUACAGAAAACCGCCGGCACGGGGGCGCUGCAUCAACCGCAGCAACAAAUAAUUACAUCCAACCUUUUGGCCGGUACUGGCGGUACGGUCGUACAGCAGGCAACCGUUGCCGGUACAGCAGCGGGGCAAAAAACGACCGUCAUCGGUGGCAAUGUGGUGAAACUAAUGUCGACCGGUUCCGGCACGAUCGGUGGCAAACAGAUAUUGAUGAAAAACUCCAACAUCGUCCAGGUGGGCAAGAUGGGCACAAACUCAACCGGCAAACCGACGCUGGUGCUCACAAACAAGGCAGGCCAAGCGAUACGGGGCAAUCAGCAGGUGAUCGUGGUAACGACACCGCAGGGCAUUCGCACAGUCAGCGGCACGGUUACGUCUUCCGCUAACAACUUUGUGACGCUUUCCUCGUCACAGGUGCUUAACACGAUCACAUCGACGCGUACCACCAACAUCGGUGGUGCGACGGUACUGCAGGCCACCUCCGUACCGGCUGUUAGCGGUACGGCUUCCACCCUGAAUGCGGCAGUCGGUGCAGGGGCAGGCAAUAUAGUAGCAGCAUCGGUUGCUUCCGGCGGUACUACGACCACUAUUGGUGGACAAGCGAUAAAACUCCGCACCGUACAAGGUGGUAAACCGAUCACGUUCACCAUGCCAGUCGGAAGUCUGCAAACCGGUGGGCAAAAAAUUACCGGCACACAAAUCAUCAACAUGCCGCAAAAGUUGGUCAGCGGCAAAUCGGUCACGGUGCAGUUAACGCCGUCGGUCGGUGGCCAGAAAACGGUCACUAUCGUACCGUCUGGUGCAAGCGGUACAACGGCAACGUCCGGUACGGUUACCGGUCAAGUUGGUGGACAGAAGAUACUAAUGCUGCCGUCGAAAACGACGACCCGCAUCGUUACACAGCAGCAAUAUCAGCAAAUACAGCUGCAACAGCAGCAACAACUGCAGGCCGCACAGCUGCAACAGCAACAGUUGGCAGCGCAGCAACAGCAGCAGCAGCAGCAGCAGCAAGAACAUCAAGUAUCGACCGAUGCAGCGUUUGCCGCGUUGGCCGCUGAAGCGGGCAUGAUGGAAACGGAUGCUGAAGGCAUGGAGCAAAUGGACGGUUGUUUCGAUCUGGAAACGCUUGUCGUCGAGGAAGAUGCACCUUAUUUCGAAGCGGAAAGUGAAAUUCCGGUUCCCGUGGAAGAGGUAGUUGAUAUGAGAGAAACGGUCCAACCGCUCGGUUUACCGAUGUUCAUGCUCGAGCAGCUGGAUGGUUGCGAUGAUACGGUGCCCACCACAGCUACUACUAACCAUCCCAUACGUUAUAUCAAACCGGGACUUUACGGUGGUGCAAUGCAACUGGGACUGAUGAACAACAGCGGAUCCGGUGGGGAUGAUAGUGAUUCGCAGAUCGAAAAUCAAGUGUCCGAUAAUGCGGAAGAACAGCAGCAGCAGCAGCAGGAAGCGGAUGAAAUUGACCAGAGUGGCGAACUGGCGCACGAUAACGUAAUUCUCGAGGGCAUGGACGAUACCGGUGGUAGAGACAGUCAGGAUGAAGGGCAGCUGGAAGACGAAUCGGGCGCAGGUACGGUGACCGGUUCGAUGAUGGUAUCGGCCGAUGAAGAGGAUGGCAACUUUGUCGGUGAGGACAGUCAGGAUCAUGAGGAAAUGUCGGCGGAAAAUGAUGACAACGUACAGGCGGGAGAAUCGAUGGACAAGGAUAAUGCAAACACUUCGAUAGACGAAGACAUGGAAGAGGAGGAAAAUCAUGGGCUGGAUAGCCUGAUGGAAGGUGAUACCACUGGACAGUCUCAGCAGGAAAUGUCGUUUGUUGGCGAGCAGGAAGAAAUGCAUAUAAGCGAACAACAUACUGCUGGUUCUGCCGACCUAACCGGUGGUGAAGGAAUAAGCACUGAGGAAUCGUCGUCUAGCGCACCCGUUCCUACUCACGUUCCGAAAACUACCGUUGUUAGCGCACCGACGGCAUCGGAAACGGAAGCAGCCAACAUUCUCACGACGAUAAAGAGUGGAGAAAUAUUGUCACUUCACAAUGCCGAACUGCUCGCCGGUGGCAGUACCGGUACCGGCAGUGAAAAUAUGAUUCAACUUGAUACUGGCACAGCAACGUUGCUACAGUCAUGCAAUGAAAAUGGUCAAAUGAUAACAUUCAAAACCGAAGCCGAUGAGAGUAGCGGUGUCUCAACGCCGGCUGUUACCGAGGGAACCACGGUGACGCUUAGUGACGGUACCACAUUCGUCACGCGACUGCAAACACCGAGCGAACAGUCAUCAAUCGGUGGGCUGGUAUCGCAAACCCACACGAGCCCGGGCAAUAUGAAUCUGGCCGGUACUGUUGUAAAGACAGAAGAUGGUACCAACAACACAUCAUCAACCACCGGACAUUUGGACGCACUGGCCGAAGCGGCUGCUUCAGCAACCUCUGUGCUACCGACGGAGCUGAUGGGUGAUAUUCUGUCCUCCCCCACAUCGAACGUAUCGCAGCCGGCACAGCAGGGAACGUCGAUCAAGUUUUUGGAUCCCACAUCGAAACAGUUCACGGUGGUGAUGCAAGCUGGUGGCGACACAAGUACUGGAGCAAACGUUUCGACCGGCGCAGGCGCAAUGGUGAACAAUGGAAGUAAUAACACCACCCUGUCAGGGAAACAAGUGAUCGGCAAAGCGAUCGUUCGAUCUAACUCUGCAGGGAAGACUAAAGACGAAAAGGAAGAGAAAUCAGCAAAACCGAAGGAUGAGUCCGAGAUUUGGCACACGGUGGGCAUUUUAAAGACAGUCAACCAUACCGUUUCGAACUACAUCGAUGCGAACGAAUGGGACAGUUCGAUCGAUGGUGAAAUGCUUAGCGCAGACAACAUACCCGAUCUGAGUGAGCUGAAGCGAAUAAACCUGGAACCGGGCUGUGCCUACCGGUUCCGCGUUGCCGCAAUCAACAGCUGCGGCCGGGGUGAAUGGAGCGACGCAACACCGUUCAAGACGUGCCUGCCGGGCUUCCCGGGUGCACCGUCGGCAAUAAAGAUUUCCAAAUCACCGGAAGGUGCGCACCUGUCGUGGGAACCGCCACCAUCGACUACCGGCGACAUUCUGGAGUAUUCCGUCUAUCUGGCAAUAAAGUCGCAAAAUCCCGCCAAGGACAAACCAAGCUCGGCAGCCGCCCAGCUAGCGUUUGUGCGUGUGUACUGUGGGUCUAACAACCAGUGUACGGUGGCGAAUCAGUCCCUGCAGACGGCACACGUCGACUUCACGUCGAAACCGGCCAUCAUCUUCCGUAUAGCGGCACGCAACGACAAAGGAUACGGACCAGCGACGCAGGUUAGGUGGCUGCAAGAUCCACAACUGUCCAAAUCGACUGCAAUGGGUGGUACGGCUGGAGCAACAAACCAGACCGGAAUCGUUGGCAAACGAUUGGGUGACAAAUCGGCAACAAUCGUUGCCAACAAACGGGUCAAAAUUGGUACACCAGUUACGGGUACCAACUCGUCGAUGAUGGUUUCGCCCCAACACCACCACUAAACGCACCAGAGAGAGAGAGCCAGACAGAUGCAACGGAUGGAGAUAAAUGCUACAAACUUACAAGGAUCUCCAGUUCUUCUUAAUUCCCUCUCUCCACACACACACAGGGACAUCUCCAUUGGAUUAGUUUAAUAGUGAGUUGAAGAAACAGUUUUAUCAAUUCG